UCUGCCAUUGUCUUGCUUGUCAAAUGCAAAAAAACUGCGUUGCAAGAAGUGCUGUGGUGUUGUGAAUGUUGUGAUAUUUAAAUUCAAGAUAAAUUGUGAAGUGGUUUGGAGCAUUUUCUUUUGUCCUGUGUCUAAUUUGCGUCAAUUUACGUUAGUGACAAAAAAUCUUAAAAAAUGAAUCCAUGGGGUAAUGAGCAAUUCCCAAUGCCUCCUAACAUGAUGGGACCGCCAAUGAUGCAAAUGCAUCCGCCAUUGUUGCCUCCACCCAUGUUGCAAAACAUGAUGGAAAUGCCGAAUAAUAUGGGUGGGAUUCCGCCUGGGCCUCAAAUUGGACCUAUGCUCCCAGAAGGUAUGCAGAGCGCCUCUCAGCAAGACGUUCAGGAUCCAAGCGUGGAAUCCAGCGAGGUGCAGGUGAUUGAGGAUGACACGCCUGCCCCUGGAGCACCCAGACCUAGCCAUGAGGGAGGACCAGGAAAUAGAAGGGACUCUAGGAACAAUCGGGAUCGCGACAGAGAUCAGCGCCCGCGUCCUGGUAGACCAGACCGUAGCAGGGAUGACCGUCCAAGAGAGCAUCAUGACAGAAAUGCCAGGCCUGGCAGUAAAAGAAUGGCUGACCGGGCAGAUGACAGAACCCGCAAUGACCGCCCCGACCACCGCCUAGACAGUCGACCGGAUAGGAGACGGGACCGUCCAGAGAGGAGGUCCAGGUUUGACAGCGGUGACAAGGCACCUGAUAAGAACCCGGGAAAUAUGCUGCCUGGAGCUAUGAUGAUGCCAGGUCCCAGUGGCAUGAUGGCAUUUGGUAUGAUGCAGCAGCCUGGCCAGAUGGAAAUGCAGCCAAUGGGAGGCAUGCCUCAUCCCAACAUGCCAACCAUGUCCAACAUGCAAAAUGUGCCGAACAUGGCUGGCAUGAUGCCUGGAAUGAUGCAGAUGAAUCCAAUGAUGGAUCAGAACAUGUUCAUGAUGAACCAGCAAAUGAUGCCUAUGAUGCACCCAUCAAACCAGCCAAUCUACUGCAGCUCUGUUGUACUUCUGACACCAAUACCAGGAGCUUCUCUGCCAAACCGCAGAGAGCGGCCACCAGGCUGCCGUACAAUCUUUGUUGGAGGCUUGCCUAACAGUGUAAAAGAAGAUGUUCUUCAAGAGAUAUUCCAGCGGUUCGGGAAUAUCACCGACAUCAAGUUGCACAGACAGGGAGUGUGUCACAUCAGAUUUGAGAAGGAGGAAAGUGUGGAGGCUUCCUUCAGCAUCUCUGGAUUCAGAUUCAAAUAUCACAAUCAGGGUGACAGUGAGGCUACUACUAUCUUUGUGGACUUUGCAUUGAACCGCGACGACUAUGCCGAGUUCGAGCGAAGCAAGCGUGGCAAGCGUGAUCCCACGCCACCACGCAUCGAGCCGCUCACGCCUGCCUCUUUGCAGACUAUUACCGAGAAGGUCAAAAGUGACGACCAGUUUGCUGAAGCUGCUCCUACCCUGGUCGGCUGGUUGGAACGCGGCGAAUGCAACAAAAAGAACGCCAACGCCUUCUACUCGCUCAUCCAAGCCUCCAACAACCAGAUCCGUCGCCUCUUCAACGAGAAAAUGGUCCUUGACGACGAGUACCAGAGCAUGAAACUCACUAUGAAGGAGAAAUUCGCGCAUAUACUGCUACAAUUCGAGCAGGUAGCGAAAAUACUCUCCGCGGCGCGCCACCAGCGCGUCUCCGACCACUUUAGCAAGCAGCAGCGGAGGAACAUCGAGAUGUGGCUCAAGAUGACUGAGGAGGUGGAGAACAUAAAAGAAGAGUUUGAGACAAACUUCAAUGAAGAUGAAAUUGAGAAAAUCGGAAAGAACACCGUGCCUCAAGAGAAAUACGAUGAGCUCAGGGCAGAGCACGAGAACCUUAUGUACGAACUGGAAGGCUACAAGAACGAGGCCCACCUCGCCAAGGACGAGGCCGAGAGAAAGUUCGAGACCUUCAAGGCGCACUUCAUCGCUCAACACAACUUAAACAACAACUUGAACAAUAAGCAGCAAUCGUACCCACCGCUGCCCCCGCCGCCGACGCCGCGCCUGGAGCCGGCCAAGCCGAUGCCGCCGCCGCCCACCCCCGACGACAACAAGUACAUCGUCUCCGGCCCCUCCGUCCCGCCCUCCGAGGCUAAACUCAUCAGCAUCCUCACUGCGUUCCUCAUGGUUCACCCCCUCGGAGCAUCCGUCGACUAUCUCGUCUCUUACGUUAGAAGCAUGACCCCUAACGUAACUCAGGCCACGGUGCAAGAGAUACUGCAGAAGUAUGACGAUGUUUUCCGCAGAGUAACGUCGGGCGUUGGCGCGUCUAUUGAGACUAGAUGGUGUUAUGUUACCUUUGAUACUAUUAAGUUGGAGCAACAUAAUUAAAUAAAAAUAUACGGAUACAAGUUGCUGGGUAAAGGCGGUUUGAUACAACCCGACCUAAGUGUAGUUUUAAAGCAAAGUAGCCAUAAUGUUUCACUAUAUCUGUUGUCAUAAUCCCACUAGGCUACAACGAAUAUUUAGUUUGAGCGAGAAUUGUCCACCAACUGGGGUUUAUUUUAUGUUUAAAGCAGUCAUUACCAAAAUGUCAAAGUAAACAAGGACUCAUUUCUCAAUCAGGAGUGUUCAUAUGUUUAGCUUUAGAUUACUUCACAGUUAGAAUAAGGGUUGAUCGGAAUUAUAUCAAUAGAUAAUCUGUAUGUAAGUAAAUGUAAAAAUGUUUUGUCUUAGAAGAUAAAAAUAGAAUGUUAUUUGUAGUAUAAAAUUUUAUGUCAGCUUGCUGAAUAUUCUGUUCAAGCAUAAAGUGUGUUCAGUGGCGAGCUAUGUACAAAUAUGUAUGCAGGAGUGUUAAGCUAAUAGUUUUGCUGACUAUAUUUUUAUUUACGCAAGACAAUUCUAAAUGUGUUCAAUAAUAAGUAAUUAGAUAAUCUCCAUCUAAACUGACUGGUGGUGAAGAGAUUUCUGUACACCAAUUCUUAGUCAUAAUUACAUUUAGGUCAUAGUGACAUUAAAGUGUAUUUUAAAAUA